CUAGUAGCCUAUGAGGUGCCCACAGUUACAAAACAUUACGUUUCUAUUUCAAUUUCUCAGAGUUUGAACAUUGUUGGAUGCAUUUGGGAUAAUGUAAGUACAAAACUCAACUACAUAUAGGACAUAGCUCUAGAGUUUAUAGACAUUGUAAUGUGGAAAUUUUAUAGGUUAUAGCUUUAACAGGUAGCCCUCCCAACAAUUUUCUCCCUUAAGGUAGCAGUUACUCCCAUCAGGCUGGAGACCACUGUCCUAGAUCAGUGGUUCCCACUGUAUGGGUGGGGUGUGGGAAGACUUUGGGCCCAUGUAAUUAUAAAAUUCAGGCUGUGGCCCUGUUUCAUACCGCCUUAACCAUUAAAUGAUUCCAAUGUUAAAUAAAUAAAUAAAAUAAGAAAAAGACUUUGUUCACAGGAAGUAACUCCUCCGUAAAAUAUGCUUAUGUAUUACGUCUUCAUCCCAUAAGGUUGUCUGGGUGAAAGGACGCCAUCUUGUGGUAAAAUGAGGCUCUCCAUGUUAAAUGCAGGACCGGGUUCUGAAUACCGUAGUUUGGGGAAGGACGGACACCCCAGCAGUAGGUCUGUUCCACCCUAACAACAUCGUUCCUGGCGUGUGUUCCCUCCGAACUGCUACUGCCCGCAACCGAGAGCCCAGACCGGGAGGCUCCGCUGCCUCUCCGCCGCCGGUGAGGUGAGCCUGUUCCCCGUCCCCCCCUCCUCCUCUUCCUCCGGUCCUCCUCGAAGCAGAAUGCGCUGAUCUCCGUUCAUUCUGUGGAAGGAUGAUUUCUGUCGUCUCCACUGUGGAAAGCGUUCCCAGAGGCACGGGCACCCCGGCGCCGAGCCUUUACCGACGGAUCAGGAAGGUCCUAACCAGGGACCUGUUGGUGACCCUGGCCUUGGGUCAGGUCCUGUCCUUGUUAAUCUGUGCUAUUGGUCUGACCAGCAAGUACCUGGCUGAUGACUUCCACGCUAACACGCCAGUGUUCCAGAGCUUUCUCAACUACAUCCUGCUGUUUCUGGUCUACACCACCACACUGGCUGUUAGACAAGGUACAGGGGAAGGGAAUUUGCUGGCUAUUCUGAAGCAGCGCUGGUGGAAAUACAUGAUUCUGGGUUUGAUAGACAUCGAGGCCAACUAUUUGGUCCUUAAAGCGUAUCAGUAUACUACACUCUCCAGUGUACAGCUGUUAGACUGUUUUGUCAUCCCAGUGGUACUGCUGCUGUCCUGGUUCUUCCUCUUGGUGAGGUACAAGGCUGUCCAUUUUGUCGGGGCAGGACUGUGUCUCUUAGGUAUUGGCUGCAUGGUGGGAGCUGAUAUCCUACUUGGUCGGCAGCAAGGCCUUGGAGAGCAGAAGCUGUUUGGGGAUCUUUUGGUUCUGGGAGGAGCAACACUGUACGGCAUCUCCAACGUCUGUGAGGAGUUCAUAGUGAAGAACCUGAGCCGUGUGGAGUUCCUCGGAAUGAUGGGACUCUUCGGAUCCUUCUUCAGUGGCAUCCAGCUGGCCAUCAUGGAACACAAGGAGUUGCUGAAAGUACCCUGGGACUGGCAGAUAGGCCUUUUCUAUGUUGGUUUCAGUGCCUUCAUGUUCGGCCUGUACAGCUUCAUGCCAGUGGUGAUGAAGAGAACGAGUGCCACCUCAGUCAAUCUCUCUUUGCUCACAGCUGACCUGUACAGCCUCUUCUGUGGCUUCUUCCUCUUUCACUACAAGUUCUCGGGCCUCUAUCUGUUGUCAUUCUUCAUUAUUAUCUUGGGCCUAGUCCUCUACUCCUCCUCAUCUACCUAUGUGGCCCAGGACCCACGAGUCUACAAGCAGUUCAGGAACACAGGCAGCCAGCCAGUCACCGACCAGCCCCCGCUCAGUCCUGGAGUCCUGGAGCCCUCCGUCACCUACACCAGCCUAAGCCCUGAGGCAGGGGAUGAGCUUCCUGUACGUGUAGCCUAAGAUGAUUUGAAAGGUAGUUAAGUCUGUCAGCCUGGUGGACCAGUGAGUCCACUGCAGCCGUUAGGCCUGUCCACAGUUGUAUACAGAGAAAUAGUGCUGGCUAUACUCAGUCUGCUGAGCAGUUCAGCUGGGUGAUCACCCAGGUAGGUCUAGGUUUUCAUUUUAUGGCCUGUAUUGAGGGACAGAGUCUCCAGUGACCAAAUUCAUGUACCUAAAUAUGUACCUGAAAAACGAAUGCUAUGAGCAGAAUGUAAUUAAAUCAAAUAGCAAAGUGAUUAAAAAUGUUGAAUUCACUGUGAUCAAAGACCGUGAGUAGACAGUAGUGACAGACAAUUAUCAUUCAUGUAAAAAGAUAGUAUUGUAAUUUGAAUUAAUCUGCUUUCUUUUUAUGUGUCAAGAAUGUUUGUGCAUAAUCUGUGUAUCUGCUAAAGUUGUAUUUAUUUCAUUACUUAUUAUCUGAAUGAAAUGAACAAUGUUUCUAAAUCCACCUGCCUAAAUUCAGUGGAAGGCUUAUUAAGUAUUACACAGACUGGAAUCAGAUAGUACUGACAUUGUAGUGGGAGAAGUGGGGAAUAUAAGUCUACCCUCAAUUUAUUGAAUUAAUACUACGCUGGUAUGUAAAUAUUGCAUCAGGGCCAGCUGCCAAUUGAAGCUACUGAAGGUUUGUCCUUUUUCACAUGGUAGGUAUUUUAUAGGCUGGUACAAAUAUAUUUAACUUGAUAUUUUUCAUUUUGACAUAAAAAAGUUUAUAGUAUUUACCCUCCAGAAUGUCAUUCUGACAGUGUGAAUAAAGCUGAAAGCUGCAGUCAGUAACUUUAAUAAACUCUUUGUUCAUAUUUACUGAAACUUUCAGUAAAUCCUGGCAGUAGUACAUGAGACAAAUAAUCUGAAAAAUCCCGAACAAAAACAACCAAUCAGAUCCAAGAAAGAUGUAAAAACGCUUGAAGGGGGGCUUGAAGAUAGCUGAUUGUUGAGGCUCUGAUUGGAUGUUUUCGUUCAGGCCGGUGGAUUCUUGCAAUUGCCAUCAGAAGCACUGGGAGAAGCCAGAGGAACCAGAUUUUUUUCACAGAUUGUCUUGUGUACUACUGUCAGGAUAUAGUGAAAGUUUCAUCAAAUACGUCACAAAAGUUUAUAAAAGUUUCCUACUGCAGCUUUAAAAACAGCAUUUAGUCCUUUGUCUUGAGAAAUAGAAUUUACAUUUGGAGGACUUGGACUUUUUGCUACAAUCUUGUAUUAGUUCUUCUGUAAAGGAAUAUUGGUGAAAAUAGAAUCAAGUCCGGGGGCACACUGUAUGUUGUGAGACAAGACUUACACCCAAGUUUAGUUUUAGAUUUGAUCCUUCCCAGGCUAAGAAAAUGUUAUACUUGCUAUAAUCACAUCAUGUUCACAUUACUUUUAAGUCCCUUGUCUAAUUGCUCCGAAUCAAAAAUUCCCCACUUCUUCAGAUCUUUCAGAAUUUUGCAACAAUUUUGCAAUUGCAAUUUUGCCCAACAAAAAAUAAAGAUAACGGUAAUCCAUUACAGUUGCAAAAAAAGACAAUCAGAUUACAGUUACAUUUAAUAAAAAUGGGGAUUAUUUAGCAUGAUUACAAUUUUAAAAUACAUCAGUUCACUUAUUUAAAAAUACAAGAGCAGAGACACAUUGUUGAUGCUAAAAUUUUUCCAUUUUGUCCGCUUCCAUUUUCUUUUGGUUACAUUGUUCUGUUGUCUUAUAGCAGUGGCUCCCAAACUGGGGGUGAGGACCCCCAAUAGGGUGCCAAAGCUUCAUGGGGGGUCCCAAGGCCUUCUUGAUAUUAAGGUAUGUAAGAUAAUUGAAAAAAUAUACACCGUUGACAUAAAACUCAGCAUUUUGUUCACUUCUGUGAAGAAAGUAAACUAAACGGUCUAAUAGAACAAUAAAUACUCAUACAUUCAUGGGUUUUGCAUUUAUUUCAAUGGUCAGGAUGAAUUAUAUUUAAUAGUCAUUAACAACAUUGUACACUCAUUUUAUUAGGUUUUACUCUACAGCAGAGUGCAAACUUACUGUAUGUGGAAAUCAUCAGCUAAAAAGAUUCAUAACCGCAUUAGAAAAUAUCUGCAACUUUGAUAAAAGGUUGAAAGUAAAAGCUUGUGUACAACAGGUAGAAUAAUUCCCAAGGUGCCUUUCGUCAAAAACAUCUAAUCACUGAACCUAAAAUUCUGUUAUAUUCCCCACUAACAGGAGGUAAAAGAUAAAGACUUGAUAAAACUGACAACAGUUAAAAUCAAUUCACUUUCUGGUUCACUAUGGCACUGUUUUUUGUUCUCAGCAGUAGAGAUAGUGUUUAUAAUUCCCUGCCACUCUGUUUCACACCUCUGUCUGCCUCCCCUCCCUGUGAAAAUGAACAGGGCUCAUGGGUAUUUAAACCCAGUUGCUAUGCUCAAAUGACCUGGAUUUCUCAGAAACAAAAUUUAAAUACUUCUAGUGGACAUAACAUAAACUUACUAUUGUUACAUUAUCUGGGAGAGUCCCAUGCUGUCAAAAGGUCUAGUGUGUAACAUUUAAGAGGAUGUAACCCUUACCCUGGCUAUAAAGAAAUGCAGUCAGUGAUUAGGAAGUGACAGAGUGGAGGUGUAAUAACUUGCUGUAUGUAAGACACAAAAGGAACAGGAGAGAAGUCAUUUUGUAAUUGUUUUGCAUUUCACAGUGAAAAUUCAAAUUCCAACACAAUCUGAACCAUGAACCAUGUUUCCAUGUUAAUUGUUUUUAGAUGCAUUUACAUUACAUUGCCUUAGUGUUUGUUUUCAUGAGAUGAGAGUGCUGAAUAAGUGUGUGUCUGGUUUUUCCUGCUCAGUGUGCACACAAGUGCACUAAUAAGAUGAGAAAGGCUGUGUGUCAUUUAGUGCGCUCCAGGCAGAGAGCAUUAUUUGGCUUACUAUUUUAGUCCUAAUUGAAACACUGUUAAAACAUAAUGUUGCAAGCAAUAUUUUCCUGUUGCACUUUGAUUUACAAGAGAAAAAAAAACCCAGAGUGGACUGAAGAUAAAGUUGUAUAGUUGGUUUGGUGUGGUUCUUUGUUCACUUUACGACUGUAUAUAAUUACCUGCCUGAUAUAUUUACGUAAGUCCUAUAUUAUAGGACUUUCAUUAUUCUCCUCUUUUCCUUGGCUUUUGUAUCCUGUUUGAUGUAGUGCAUUGGAGUUGCUGUCAACAAUGUACUUACAAUGAUGUUACCUAUCGUAAAAUAAAGUGUCUUUGUCACAAGACCCUGGUCUGUGACCAGUGUUGAAUUAAAAUGUUCCAUGCA